ACCCUUUCUCGUGAGUAACGGAUCCAGUUCUCUUAGUCGACGAACGAGCAUCCCAUACUCCGUCGGACGCCGUCCACCGUUGCCCUGCGUGGUUGUUCUCGGGCAAGCAGUGAAGAAGGUUCGAACCCUAGGGCUUUUCUACUCCCAAAAUUCGUUUGGGAAAGUAGCUUUGCCUAGAUGGUUCAUGCAUCCAUUGUUUGUUUGGCUAAGAGUCAAUGAAUCUCAAUUCGAUCAAGAUGGAUAAUAAUUACAUUAAUUCAGAGGGAACUUCCUUUGUUUUUCUGGUUGGGCCUUGGGCUGAAAAACACAUCCUGACCAUUUAAUCAUCCUCAGACUGGGCCUCAAGGAAAAACAGACAUUUCUCUAAAACCGGCUUAGAUUCUCAGUUUCAUCUCUAUGAAUGCUUAGCAGACAGCCUCAAGGCUGUUGCUGAUUUGCUGUGAACGGACCAGAAGGAAGCAGUGCUGGUGUCAUCUCUUCUAGGACGAACCUCUUCUGUCAUAACUGUUGGACUUGCAACAACAAAUUCUGCAAAAUGUUUGGCGUGCGUGGUUCUGCUGGAAUUGUUUCUGAUGUUGUUUACCAGCUUCGUCAAACUUUAUCACUUCAUGGUGUGCGAGUACAAAAUAUAAACAUCGGGGGUGGUGUUGGAGGGGAGAUCCCUGACAACAAGCGCCUCCAGUAUGCCCUGCAGCACAUACAUGGAAUUGGCCGUUCCAAAGCUCACCAUAUUGUCUGUGAGCUUGGGGUCGAGAACAAAUAUGUCAAGGACCUUAGUAAAAGAGAGCUAUAUUCCCUUCGAGAAUUACUUUCCAAGUACAUGCUCGGCAAUGACUUGAAAAGGUGUGUCGAGAAAGAUAUAGAAAGGUUGGUCAGUAUUCAGUGCUACAGGGGUUUCAGACAUGUGGAUGGGUUACCCUGCAGAGGACAACGCACACAUACAAAUGCUCGCACCAGGAAGAGCAGGCCAGGUUUUGCUGCAUCAAGAUCUGCUCAAUAGACAGAUGAGUCAUGUUUCUGCUUUGCGAUGGACAAUUUGAAUUAGCUUCUGAUAUAAACUAUGUUGUUACUUUCAGUGACUCGUAAUUUUUUGCAGCAAGUUUAGCGUUGCUUAGUUAGAAAACUGGCACGUCUCACCAUAUGUGUUAGUUUUCUUGAUUGCUUUCUGGUUUUAGUUGUUCAAUAAUGGUAACAUUAUCCUCUCGUGAAUGAAAUUAUAAUUUUUUGGGAUUGAUGGUACGAAUGCAA